UCCUCACAGCCUGUGCCUCUCCCUUGUUCUCUACAGCACGUCCUGCCAGUGCUCCUGCCAAGUUCCCAGCCUUUCCUUUUCCACCUGCUGGGCCUGGAGUUGCUAGGAGCUCCCUUAAAGGGAGGGCUCCAUUUGGGUUAACCUGAGACCCCUUGUUACUCUGUUCAGUAAGAAACCUCAACAGAGCCGAUGGCCCCCAGAUGGUACAGCCUAGAAAUGUAGCAUGGCCACCUCAAAAGCUACAAAUACCCCCAUCUCCAGACAGCUCCAGCCUGAAGGAAGAUCAACACUCUGCCUCUCUGACCUGCAGCCUCAGAGGAGGGGGAGCCUGGCAGAUAAGGCCAUGCAGAAGUUGCCUUCCCAGGGAACUGUGGGAUGCUUUUCCAUAAGUCAUAGCACUUAACAACUGAAUGCUGUCCCAGUGUAGCUGCAGGGCAAUUGAACAACCCAUAGGCACACAAGCGUGGAUGCAAGUGUAGAUGCAAACCAUCCUGUUAGCUUUAAUUGAACUAUGCAACCCCAGCUAGGAACAGUCGCACUCACUCGGUAGUGCAGAAAGGCCUAUGGGAGUUUGGGCAGCACUUGCCACUCCCUGUCCUGAGCUGAAAUCCUCAGUCACCUCCCAGGCAACUCACACAUUUCACCUUUUCUGAGACUCUAAACCAUAGGGGUCCUAAGUGCUGCAGCCAGAUGUCUCCCUUGGGCCAGGUUGUGUUCUCCCCCGUUCUCCAUCACCUUCCCAGCUCUGAAUUUAACUUUAAAUCCCUUGCCAAAGGGGUGACAUGCCCCACUUUCUCCUCUGAUCUUCCCCUGACCUCUUUCUCCACACAUGCCACCUCUUUCCUUACCUCCCCACCCCCUUCCUUUAUUGGUGAUCAGUCACUGGAGGCCUUCACCCUUGCCCUACAACCCCUCCACACUGGCUGUGCUGGUGCAAAGGGGAUAUAGGGCAGGUGUAAGCCCCCCCCUUUCAGGGAAUACCCUGGCACAGAAGAUUGUCUGUGGGAGCCUCAGAGACAGCUCUGUACCUGCUCCCCCCCUUGGAAACACCCAGAACAGGGGACACUCAAGAGCAGGCUGGGAACAGAAGGGUAGCAUCUGGGUUGUUGUGUCUUAGAGCUCUAAACACUGUUACAAACAUGCUGAAACCACACUGGCACAGUUGGAGUCCUAAUAACCAUGUUUAACCCAAUCCCUAUACACCACAGUUGUCUCAAGACUCCAGCUAUUCACCAUUGUGGCAGGGCCCAUAUGGGCCUUGGAAACCAGAGCACACCCUGAGGGAUGAAUCUGGGCCCAUGUUUUCUCCCCUCCAAUACGCCAAUACCUCAGAGUUCAAACAUAGGAAUCGCUGCACAAGAGCAGAGCAGUGAUCCACCUACUGCAGUGUCCAGUCUUUCACAGUGGCCAGAACCAGAUGCUUCAGAGGAAGGUGCAAAAUAAUAAUAGUUAAUAAUCCAGCUAUGGAAUAACAUGCCAACAGGAGAAGUUUCUUCCUGCCCCUGUCAGUUCUGAUUUACACCCGGAUGCCUGCGGGUCUGUAUCCCUUACACAAGUCCUGUCACAGUGUGACGGUGGGUGUCCUCAUCAUCCUUUUUUCAUCCUACUACUGGUCAGUGGUACAGUGAAUUGGCUUGUCAAUUCCCUCAGUUCCCUGCCUAUCUAGUUCCUCCACUCCCCCUCUCCCCAUGGUCUCUGUGCAGGCAGCAUGCCCAUCCGCCAGGGCUGCUCGGCGGUAUGAGAGGGGAAUUCCCAUCACUGCUCCCUCAAUCCCUAGCUGUCCAGCGACUCUUCUUUACAUUUCCUGCUGGAGGGCGGCUUGGGAUCGCAGACAUUUGGGGCCCCGAUUCAUGGGUUGCAUGGUGCGUGACACACCCGGGCCAUUCCCGGGAUGGAUGCAGACGGGACAGAGCCUGGACAAUCUGAACUUUGUCCGCCACCUGAUUUAGUAACAGCCCCACGGUCCCCGGGUGUCUCUUUCCGUGUUGUAGCGGGGAAGUUGCUGCGCCCUCCUGCUCAUCCCAGCCACCCUCCCACGCCCCGGCUGGCUCCGGGCAGCUCUCCCCCUUCGCCACUUCCAGGGCAAUGUUUUGACCCUUAAUCCAGGCUCGCCCCGCCGCCCCGCUGCGCGCCUUCGGGCUCUGCCAUCAGCUCCCCCUCCCGCGGCGGGCGCUGCCCGGGGAGCCGCAGCCCGCGCGGACGCUGCCUCUUUAAGACGCAGCUGGUGGCCGAGCUGCCUGAGGAUUGGUGCUUUAUUCUAAAGCCGGGGGAUGAGCUCAUCUGCAGCCAACCGCAGCGGCUGUGGGGAGCCGGCACCUCGCUCCGCGCCCGGGGAAACCGGCCCGGCCCCAGCAGCGGGCCGAGGGGAGCGGCUCCAUGGGGGUGAGGUGGGUCCCGUACCCCCAGGGACCAGGCUCCUGACUCCACCAGGGGGCCCUGAUGUGCAUGGAGCUGGGAAGCGGGAUUACCUGGUGGAUGCAGCAAAGCAGAUCCGCCUGGCACUGGAGCGGGAUGUGAGCGAGGACUAUGAGGAGGCUUUCAAUCACUACAAGAAUGGCGUGGAUGUGCUGCUGAGUGGCGUGCAGGUCGACCCCAAUAAGGAGCGCCGUGAGGCUGUGAAGCGGAAGAUCACACAGUACCUGAAACGGGCUGAGGAGAUCUUUAACUGCCACCUGCAGCGGACUCUGGGGAACGGGAGUUCCACUGCCACGGGCUACAGCAGCCUUCGCUUUCGGCCCAUCAGGACACUCAGCUCAGCUGUGGAGAAUCUGAGGCGCUGCAAGGUUGUGGGAGUGAUUGAGAAGGUGCAGCUAGUCCAGGAUCCAGCCACUGGGGGGACCUUUAUACUUAAGAGCCUCCCCAAAUCCCACGUGGAGACCCGUGAGCGGCAGACCAUCAUCCCGCACGGAGUCCCCUUCAUGGCCAAGCUGCUGCGCUACUAUGUGAGCGAAGACUCCAUUUUCCUCCACCUGGAGCAUGUGCAGGGGGGGACUCUCUGGUCCCAUCUCCACUCCCGGCCUUGUUUAAAGCAAGGUUCUUUCGAUGUCCCCGGUAGCCUAAUCCCAAAGCCCAACUCAGCUCUGGUGGGCCAUGGUGAGGAGCAGCGAGUAGGAACCUGCUCGGGGGCUGGCUCUCAGUCCAGCCAGAGCUCCAGCUUCUGCCCAGAGAAUGGCACUGACCUCCCAACCUCUGCGAAUCGCCACCCACCAGAAAUUGCUGACCAAUCGUCCUCUUGGGAGCAGUCACCUGACCACAUGGAUGCCAGACCAGGGACUGGUUGCAGGUUCCAUACUGGAUCCGCCACCAAUGGCCAUAAGGGAGUUACUGGGGGGAAGGAUUCAAGUGCAACACACACUCUGUUUGGUGUCACUGAUUCUGUCUUCAUGGCAAUGGCCAAGGGACGCAGCCAUCUGACCAACCAGAGCUUGGCCUUCCAGUCAUGUGACUUGUUAACCAGCAGUGAUGGUGUCAGCAGUGUAUCAGAGAGGGAAGCGUCUCAGCAGAACACACAGCUACUGGCUGAGGAAAGGCCAUCCCAGUCUCCUGCUGCAGUCCCGAAGGCUAUGGGAGGAGGCCACCUGGUGAAGGUGGAACCUCAAGUUUGCCAGGUGUCUGAUGCUCCCUGGGCUCAGCCCACACAGUUCCCAGUGGCUCCCCUAGGACAAAGGCAGCUGCAUCCUGGAACCACCCUGUACAGCUCCAGUGAGUCCUACUGGUGUGACUCUGGGGGGCAGGAGUUGUUGAGGAGCAUCUCAAGGGCCCGAGAAGGAGCAGGCCAUGGUCAGCACAGAGAGCAUCCAACUUCAGGACAGCGUGGGCCUCCAACCCAUUGCUCUUUCCUAGGGGAUGGCCAGGGGACCUGGAAUGUGAACGAGGAGCUCAUCCGGCUGUGGGCAGCCGAAAUGCUCUUGGCUCUGGAGGGACUCCAUCAACAGGGGGUGUUGUGCCGGGAUCUCAACCCCAGAAACCUGCUGCUAGAUGGUGCUGGUCACAUCCGUCUCACCUUCUUUGGCCAGUGGACAGAGGUGGAGCCACAGUGCUGCAGCCAGGCCCUAGAAGAUAUGUACAGCGCCCCAGAAGUGGGUGGGAUUUCUGAGCUGACUGAGGCCUGUGACUGGUGGAGCUUUGGGUCCCUGCUGUAUGAGUUACUGACAGGAACGUCGCUGUCCCAGAGCCACCCCUCAGGGAUUCACCCUCACACCCAGCUGCACCUUCCGGAGAGGCUCAGCCUGCCUGCUGCAUCCCUGCUCACUGAGCUGCUGCAGUUUGAUCCCAAGCGACGCUUGGGCUCUGGAGGAGACGGAGUCAACAAGCUGAAGAGCCAUCCCUUCUUUAGUACCAUCCAGUGGAACAAGCUGGUUGGCUAGACAGACCCAUGCGGAGCAGCGAGGAGUGAAGGAUGGUGUCAUGGUGCCAGGCAGGGGGCUAGCUGCUGAUGUGCUGGGUGGGGCCCAGGGAGAGACCCAGAUCCUGCUGGAGAAGCAGAUUAUCCCCCUAGAUCACUGGGACCUGUGAUCCUGGGUGGUACUUGCAGCUCUGCCAGUCUGGGGGAGGUCCACUUCUGCAAGGGCUGAUUGGGGGGGUCUGGACUGGGUCCAAUUUGCAGCCUUGGCUUCUUCCUCUUGGGCUAAUUUCCAUUUGUGUUGCAGUGGCAUAGCCAAGAGAUCAGGCCAGGCUGGGGUCAAGUCAUGUUGUCUCCCUGCCCUCCUUCCCCCAGGUCCUACCAUUCUCACCUUACAUCUAACCCAACCCUGGUAAGGGUCACUAACCCCUACAGGGGCAAAGACAUCAGUGCCAGGGGGCCUAACUCAGCCAGUUUAGCCUACUACCUUGCCGUCCCAUGGGUUCCCUGGGACAUUCCUGUCCCUCUUUACCCACAAGCUCUGUGGGGCUCUCCUUGCCUGGUGCUUUGUGUGGGAAGCGAGUCUCUGUAACUAUGAAUGAGACUCCCCUGCUCGCCUAGGGGGGGUAGUACCUCCCUCUGGGGCAGGCCCCCUGUUAGUAUCCAGCUCCUUCUCUGCCCAUAGACUCCACUAGCUCCCUGAUUCUCCCUGCCCUUAUCAACUGGGGAUCCCACCCCACAUCCCUGUUACUUUCACCCCAUUUCUCUGCUGCUGUCUGAGCUCUUUAUGGCUAAUAUAUUCCCAAUGGCUACUGCUAGAUGGAGUCCGGGGUUGUGGUCUGUGUGUCUCACUGGCUGCAUGUGCACUAGCAGCACCUACCCAUGGUAUCUUGUGGGAGGGGUGGGGAGGAGCCAUCCCCCCCACCCUCAAGUGUGUGAGAGGCUCCCCCUGGGAUCUCUGACCUGCUCCGAGUGAAUGUCUGAAAUCAAUAAAACAGCUUCACCCAA